CCUUUCUAUGCUAAUGUUGUUCUCUCUAUGACUAGGUUACUGGUUUUCUUGGUGGCAUUAACUGGGCGUUGCUUGUAGCUCGUAUUUGCCAACUAUAUCCUAAUGCAAUUCCUAGCAUGUUAGUGUCUCGAUUUUUCAGGGUCUAUAGUAUGUGGCGUUGGCCAAACCCUGUUUUGCUUUGUCCAAUUCAAGAAGGAUCUCUCGGACUUCCAUAUUGGGAUCCUCGGAGAAAUUUCAAAGACAGGUCACACCUAAUGCCUAUAAUAACCCCAGCAUAUCCUUGCAUGAACUCUAGCUACAAUGUGUCAACAAGCACACUUCGUGUUAUGACAGAAGAAUUUCAGAGGGGAAAUGAUAUUUGUGAGGCAAUAGAGGCAAGUGGAGCAAGCUGGGUGAAUCUCUUUGAGCCUUUUGCCUUUUUUGAAGCCUACAAAAAUUAUUUGCAAAUAGACAUAUCUGCUGAGAAUAAUGAUGAAAUGAUGAGUUGGAAAGGCUGGGUUGAAUCUAGGAUACGUAUGCUUACACUCAAGAUUGAGAGGGACACAAGUGGAGUACUUCAGUGCCACCCCUGUCCUGGUGAAUUUUCAGAUAAAGACAAACCAUUUCGUCAUUCUUACUUCAUGGGGUUGCGUAGAAAACAAGGAACCAAUCCGCAACAAGGUGAACAAUUUGAUAUAAGAUUGACAGUUGAGGAUUUUAAAAGCGAUGUAUAUCAAUACUCUUUCUGGAAAUCAACAAUGUGGGAAGGGGACGGAGGGGCCUGCUGUGCUGGAUGCUCCAUCCUCUGGCUUGGCAACUACAUCAGCAUUAAUAAAUUCUCAAAAGCCAAUGUUAAGGCUGAGUUUCACUUCUUUGAGGAGAACUACCGAGAAUGGCGCCUAAUGCCAGACCGUCAGAGAUGCUGGAUAUUCAUUCACCUUUAAUCUUGGGGCUUGCUACAUGUGCGUGCUGAUAAAAAAAUCAUGUAAAUUAGCUUUUGUCAUUUUCAAAUAAAUGUAUCACUCUCCGUAAAAUGACAAAACCUUUACCUUUCUCUUCUUUUUCAUGCUGCCAUUGUACCUUGUUGGUCAUUGCUUGCUGGUCAUUAUGGGUUCAUGAUGAAUUGAAAAACUAUUUGUGAAUGUUCAAUAAUCAAUUGCUUCUUAAUGU